CGUUGCCCAGCGAGGGACCCAUAUGGCGUUGUUCAGGAUUCCCGUCGUAACUUAAAGGGAAAUUUCACAAUGUCCGGAGCCCUCGAUGUCCUGCAGAUGAAGGAGGAGGAUGUCCUCAAAUUCCUUGCAGCAGGCACCCACUUAGGUGGCACCAACCUGGACUUCCAGAUGGAACAGUACAUCUACAAAAGGAAAAGUGAUGGCAUCUACAUCAUAAAUUUGAAGAGAACCUGGGAGAAGCUUCUGCUGGCAGCUCGUGCCAUUGUUGUCGUUGAAAACCCAGCCGAUGUCAGUGUGAUCUCAUCCAGGAAUACUGGCCAGCGUGCUGUGCUGAAGUUCGCUGCUGCCACGGGUGCCACUCCAAUCACUGGCCGCUUCACUCCUGGAACUUUCACCAAUCAAAUCCAGGCGGCUUUCCGGGAGCCGAGACUUCUGGUGGUUACUGAUCCCAAGGCUGACCACCAGCCCCUCACAGAGGCUUCUUACGUUAACCUGCCUACUAUUGCUCUGUGUAACACAGACUCUCCUCUGCGCUAUGUGGAUAUAUAUAUAUAUAUAUAUAUAUAUAUAUAUAUCACAAACUGCAGAGCAUUAAUAAGAAAUAUACAUCUAGCUAAAAAAAAUGAUGGUGUCCCAGGACAAGGGAUAAGGAAUCAAUUGGUAGAAGCAUACCCAGAAAUUGCAGAUUAG